AAGGUUCCUCCAGUUACGAAUGGCUGCUACUGCGGCUUGUAAGCGGGGUCUGGUGUUGGGGUCGAAUUUAAGGAUUUGCUUCUCCAAUUUCAGAAAAGGAUUCAAAGCAUCAAGUAGUCUAGGCCCGGUCUGCAUCGAAUCCCUUGCCCUCGACUUGUCUGCUUCUUCAUCUUCGAGUUCGCGAUUCAACAGAUUCUAUUCUACGCAGACAUCGCAGCUCGUUAAAUCCAAUGUCUCCCGGGCCUUUCUUGUAGAUACGCUUGCACUGGUUAGGAGAUUGGAAGCCCAAGGUAUUCCCUCAAAACAAGCUGAGGCAAUAACAGCUUCCAUUACUGAAGUUCUGAAUGACAGUUUGGAAAAUGUAGCUCAGUCCUUUGUCUCCAAAGGAGAGAUGCAGAAAACUAUGAUGGUACAAGAAUCAAAUUUGUCCAAAUUUGAAUCACAAGUAAAGAGUUCCCAGGAGCACCAUUUCUCUUUAUUACAACGUGAGACUGAAAAACUCCGGAAUGAUAUAGAGAAGAUGCGUAGUGAACUGAGGUAUGAAAUUGAUAAGGUAACUGCUGGGCAGCGUUUGGAUUUGAACCUUGAAAGAGGGCGUAUACGUGAUGAACUGGCCAAUCAAAAUGCAGAAACCACAAAUCUAACUAACAAGCUUGACCGGGAAAUUCAUGCAUUAAGGGCCCAACUUGAAGCAGCAAAAUAUGAUGUGAUAAAGUACUGCAUAGGUACUCUUGUCUCCAUCUCGGCUGUUGGACUUGCUGUUAUCCGUAUUCUGAUGUGAAAAUAUUGUAAUGCAAUUAAAGGUGACUCCAGAGAAAGAAGUUCUAGUAUGUUCAUUUUUCCCUCCAACAAAAUUGUAUGCUGAAAAUUUUUAAAAUUCAGUUGCAGCUUCAGUUGGAAAUUGUGACCCAAGAGAACAUUCCUUAUAUGUAUCCAGACUGCAUAUUAAUUUUUUCAUUCUCCUUGGGU